AAAAAAAUAAUAUAUAAUUUUUUUCUCUUACUCUCUGCUUUUUACGUAUAAUUUCCCCAUUUUACGUAUAAACCUUUCCAUUUUUUCUCUACUUUUUACGUAUAAAAUUUUCCAUUUUCCCCGGUUUUUUUUGUGAUAUAUUUUCAUAUUUUUCUUUGAUAUUUGGGUUACUUAGAGUAUUCUAGUAAACGAAGAAAGGUUAAGGAUGUUGAGACUUCAUCAACCACAGAAGUUCAGUAUCUUUUUGACAUAUUUUCUGGCAUUACACAAUAUCCUACGUCUGUAUGGAACCACAAUGCUUGGAAAAAGGGAAUUGCACUCUAGAAUAUGAUCUACAUAAAUCGUGACGGAGAUUAUAAGCUUCAAUAUUUUCGAUUUUUCUCCCUGAAAAAACUUCACGUGACGAAACCCAGGCGGCUACUAGAACCCAUCACUGCUUCUGUGAUCCUCAUAGUAGAUUCGUGUGACAUACUCUUUUCCAGUAUACUGAACUAUAUUGAAUUCCUAUGUCUGUAUGCUAUGUCUGUAUGGACCCACCCAUUUAUAUGGACCCCUACGGCCAAUGCUUUGGAAGGAGGGCAUCGCACGCCUACUAGGACCCAUUACGAUUUAUAUUGUAAUCCUCUUAGAUUCAUGAACAAUUCAAGUGGAAUUUCUUUCUUUUUUCACGAUUCAGACAUUGAAAGCUGGUCUAUAAAUGUUGUCCUUGAUCAUUUGGCAAAAAUGGAGAUAAAUCUAACACCAGAGGAAUUCCUUGAUAAAUAUAAGGCUCAACUGAUUUCAUUAAGCUCGCAAUACGGCAAUUCUCGAGUGACCAAAAUUAAUUUUAAUGGAAAGGAUAUAAAUGAUCUUAUAAAGCAAAUUAAAAAAGAUCUUAUUUACCAAUGUCACCAUUGGCUGCACUAUUUUAGAAAAAGAUGACGAAAUUAUUGAUCCAGGAUUAAGAAACUUUACUCCUAAAACACCUUUAAUAAUCAAACUACUAAUGCUGGCAGUACUGAAGGUUUAUAUACAAAAAUAUAAUAACGAAGGGGAACUAUUGGAUGGAUUUGAAGAAUAUUCAAUGCGUAACCAAAACGAAUUUGAUGCCGUAGAGGGAAAAAGGUUUAGAACCAAUUGAUACUUCUAAUGAAUUUUCAAAAGUAAUCACGUCAUCAGUCCUAAGAAUUUAUC